AUGGCUGAAACUCGAUCGCCCGUUCCUCCAACCCCACCGAGGGCCGAUUCAUUUUCUACCGGCCAAACUCUUGUCAAUCAAACCGGCCAAACAGCUCCAAGUCCAUAUGAGAAACAUAGACUACAGGAGGUAACUGUCGAGGGAUAUCGGACUCUGGGCGUCGUCUCGACCUUCAUUGCUGGAGUUGAAUCGCAAUGCAUUGGGCUAGUCUCCGAUUAUAAUGGAAUCGACCAUCCAAGACUUAGAGAGGCCUCAAGCGCACUAUUAUUAAUUGGUCUAUCUUUGUCAACGCUCGGAGCUGCCCUUUCACUACUUUCUGCUCGGUGGUUUGACUUAUUGAGGGCCGAUCAACUGAAGAUGCUAGAGUACCGAUGGGAUUGUGCAGUAAAAAAAGCAGAAGCUGGAAGGGAAAAACAUAAUUCAAAAGUAGGAGACACUUCAAAGGCAGAGUCCACUUCGAAAGAGGCUUCCAAGGACGACAGUCUCAAAGACAGCCACACGGCAACACCUAACAUACGAAAGCACAUUGACGAAUUUAAUGCUAGUAACUGGAGAGCUCGCUGGAGAGAUAAUUUAAUGGCUUUUGCUAUUCGUUCGCCCGUACCUGUUGUUUUUUGGUAA